UCCCGCCGCCCGCCCGCCGCCCGCCCGCCCGCGGGGAGAGCAGCGCCGCGGGCCCCGCGCGCACCGGCCCCGCCGAGCCCGACCCCGGGCGGCCGCGGCUGCUAUGCGGCUUCGCGGCGCACGGCCUGCACCGGGUUUGCACCGACGCCUGCCGGACACUGACCCAGCUGAGGAUUAGGGACACCGACUGUGAGCAGGGGACCCUGAGGCUGCCACCCCCAGAAAGUGCCAGGUCUGUGAGGAAAAGGGUGAUGUGCCGUGCUCCAGUUGCUGCCUGUCGAGCCUGAGGAGGAGUUUUGGAGCCUGCCUGGGACACUCCCCACAACAACAGCAGCACCCCAAUCCCAACGGGCAACACCAAGCCUGCGACACACCGUAGCCCUUAAGCCAAGGAGACAUCAGACCAAGCCUGAGAGGGGUCAAGGGUCGCGUCCUUCUUUCCUGACCCAGUGUCAACUCCUGCCCUGACACCCCGACGGCACUGCCCUCACCCUCCGGCAGCCCCCUUCAGGGCUGCCUCCCCCGGCGCUGCCCAGCUUUGGCCCCCAGCCCCGCUGGAGCGCGGCAGCCUGCCGGGCGCUGCCCCCCGGGCACUGCCCCCCGGGUGCAUCGCCCCCCGCCCCCCCGGGGACCCCCCGCCUGCCGGCAGAGCCAUGAAGCUGCAGGCGGUGAUGGAGAACCUGCAGCGGCAGCAGCGCGCGCGGCUGCAGCAGGCGCUGGAAGCGCGGCAGCAGGAGCAGCAGCAGCAGCAGCCGCCGCGCUGCGCGUCCCCUCCGGCGCAGCCCUCGCAGCCCCCGGGGCAGCCCCCUGCCAGCAGCCGGGGCCGCGGGCAGGACGCAGCCCCGGCGCCCUCGGAGGAGGGAGCGGAGCCCGAGAGCGCGCACAUGCAGCGGGCACAGAUGGCCGCCCUGGCUGCCAUGCGGGCGGCCGCCGCCGGCCUCAGCCACUCGCCCAGCCCGGGGCUGUCGGAUGAGAGCCAAGCCUCCGAGGAGGAGGAAGAGGAGGAGCACGGCGAGGAGGAGGAAGAUGGCGGCGGGUACCAGCAGGAGAUGGGCUCCGAGGAGGAGGAGGACCUAAAGGGCAAAUGGGAUGAAGAUGACUUUGAAGAGGACUUGGGUGAGGAGGAAGAGGAAGAAGAAGAGGAGGAGGAAGAGGAAGACUACGAGGAAGAAGAAGACACGGGAGAGGAAGGGCUCAGCUCAGCAGAGACGGUGCGGGCGGGUGCGGGAUCCCUGCUGCUCCGCAAGCCCCCAGCACCCCAGCACUACCGAGGGGAGCCCCCACGGCUGCCAGGGGGGCAGGAGCGGCUGCCCCCCAGCCUGGGCCACGCUCAGCCCCCGCCACCAGCACCUGACCACGGCGACUGGACCUACGAGGAGCAGUUCAAGCAGCUGUACGAGCUGGAUGGUGACCCCAGGAGGAAGGAGUUCCUGGAUGACCUCUUCAGCUUCAUGCAGAAGCGAGGGACCCCCGUGAACCGGAUCCCCAUCAUGGCCAAGCAGGUGCUGGACCUGUACAUGCUGUACACGCUGGUGACCGAGAAGGGGGGUCUGGUGGAGGUCAUCAACAAGAAGCUGUGGCGGGAGAUCACCAAGGGGCUGAGCCUGCCCACCUCCAUCACCAGCGCGGCCUUCACCCUGCGCACCCAGUACAUGAAGUACCUGUACCCCUACGAGUGUGAGAAGCGCGGGCUGAGCAACCCCAACGAGCUGCAGGCGGCCAUCGACAGCAACCGGCGGGAGGGCCGGCGGCAGGGCUUCGGGGGCUCCCUCUUUGCCUACUCGCCUGGAGGCACCCACGGCCUCCUGUCCUCGCCCAAGCUGCCAGUGCCGGCGCUGGGGCUGGCGUCUGCCACCAACGGCGGGGCCAUCACGCCGGGCCAGAAGAUCAAGAAAGAGGAGGACUCUCCCAUCCCCAUCUCCAUGCCCAGCCGGCUCCCGGUGUCACUGGCCGGGCACCCCGUGGUGGCGGCGCAGGCGGCCGCGGUGCAGGUGGCGGCAGCCGCCCAGGCCGCGGCGCUGGAGCAGCUGCGGGAGAAGCUGGAGUCGGGAGAGCCCCCGGAGAAGAAGCUGGCGCUGGUGACGGACGAGCAGCAGCGGCUGAUGCAGCGGGCGCUGCAGCAGAACCUCCUGGCCAUGACGGCCCAGCUGCCCAUGAGCAUCCGCAUCAACAGCCAGGGCACCCGCUCGCCAGGUCAGUGCCGGCCCCGGCCUCCCGCCCCGGCCGAGCUCCCGGCCCCGGCGGGCUCCGUAACGCGGCUCUCCCCGGCAGAGAACCGCCAGGACGCCGCCGCCGCCAGCAGCAACGGCACCAACAGCAUCAGCAUGUCCGUGGAGAUCAACGGCAUCGUCUACACAGGUGUGCUGUUCGCCCAGACGCCCGGCCCUUCCUCCUCCUCUUCCUCCUCCUCCUCCUCUGCCUACAGCAAAGGCAACGGCGGCGGCAGCCGGAGCAGCGGCGGCAGCGGGGUGGGGAGCGGCGGUGGGAGCGUGCCCCCCGCCCCGGCCGGCCUGGCCGUGCCCCCCAGCUCUACCUCCAACAGCGCUUCGCCUUAACGCCCCCGAGCCUCGGGCCCCUCCUGGGGACACGGGGUCGCACCGGGGCUCUCCGGGGUCUUCUGGGGUCUCGCCGGGGUCUCGACCGAGGUCUUGCCAGGGGGAGUCUCAACAGGAUUUCACCGGGGUCUCGCCAGGGUUUCAUUGAGAUCUCACUGGGAUCUCGCCAGGGUUUCAUUGAGAUCUUGCCUGGGUCUCACCGGGGUCUCGCCAGGGUUUCAUCGAGAUCUCACCGGGGUCUCACCGGGAUCUCGCCAGGGUUUCAUUGAGAUCUCGCCAGGGUUUCAUUGAGAUCUCACUGGGAUCUCGCCAGGGUUUCAUUGAGAUCCCACCGGGGUCUCGCCAGGGUCUCAUUGAGAUCUCGCCAGGGUUUCAUUGAGAUCCCACCGGGGUCUCGCCAGGGUUUCAUCGAGAUCUCACCGGGGUCUCACUGGGGUCUCGCCAAGGGUCUCACCCGAGGUCUUGCCAGGGUUUCUCCGGGGUCUUCUCAGGCUCUCGAUGGACUCUGCCCUUGUUCUCGUGUUGUUGGAUUUUCCUUUUCCAGGCAGAAAAGCUUUAGCCCGGGGGGUUUUGCCGGAGCCGCCGGCUGCGCCGCUCUGGGACCGUUUACCUCACUCACAUCACACUUUGCACUGUACAUUUAUUAUUAUUAUUAUUAUAAUUAUUGUUAUUUUUUAACUCGUGUUACCUCCAGACAGACGCACGGACGCCUGCCGACGCGAGCUCUAGCGAAACCCCCCGGAUUUCUAAAGGAAAAAAACAAAAAUCCUAAAAAAAUAAUUGGAAAUAGGGAGAUAUUUUAUUCAUUUCCAUCCUUUUCCCUCCUUUGUUUUGGGAACUCCACUCUCUGCAGGAUUUUAAGAGGUUGUUUUCGAUUGUUUUGUUGUAAAUAGCUUCUAUUUUAUUCUCAAAAAAAUGAAAAAAAAAAAAAGAAU